AUGAUUAUGACAAAUGGUCCGGAAUUUGAAAAAGUUCCGUCGUUUUCGGCGAACUCGGCAAAUUCAGAAAAGCCUGAAGAAUCGACAACUACAAAAAGUCCACUUUUGGAAGAUGAAAGUAUGAAAAAUGUGGAGCCGGUGAAGAAGAAUGAGAAGGCUGGAAGUAUUGCAUCGAUUGAGGCACAAUUACCAGAGGUUAGUUUAUGGGAGGGAACAAAUUAA